UAGCGGCUGAAAUUUAUUCUUUUUGACCCCAUAAUUAAGAACUCCCAAGAAGCUGAAAUUUGGAAAGGUUCUUAUUUAUAUCUAUAAAUAUAUAAGAAAAAAGGGUUUUUGGAGUGGUAUUUUUAACUCUUAUGCGGGUUUCUACUGUAUGUCUCGUUCAAUGAUCUGCCCUAUCCUUGAGCCCCCCCAAUAAUUGUCAGACUGUAGUAUGUUUCCUUUAUAACAGUGUGCUGAACGAGAAGGAAAACAAUAGGCAGCCACCCCCAAUAUGAAUUUCAUUCCGACGGCACUGUGUCGCACUACUUAAGAUUGCUUCUAAAGUAGAAAUUAUCAUCAUGAGUUUCAUUAAAGAACAAGCCAAGCCAAAAUACUAUUGCCAUUUGUUACAUUAGAUCUUAAGUAGUUUUUGGACGAUAUGCAAAUCACACCGAUCUAUAAGGGUUUGUACCAUGCAAUAAUUAACAGAGUGUGUCCUAGGUCAAAAGAGGCGUUUCCUAGCAAGAGCGUUGUCCCAAACCCCCUUCUCUCUUUGGGCGGCUUGCCCGCCCUUAAUCUUCACAUUCUUUUUACUGAAUUCAGUUAAAUUUGGUAUACAAUGUGUCAUUCCUACUCCAUCUGACUUUUGCACUUUCGAUUCAGAUGCCUAUAAUUGCCAACUCGAACCUCUAUUUAGUGCAGCUCCAACUGUUUGCUCAAGAUUUGUAUCAACAAUUGCUUUCGUCAGUGCAUUGCUGUCAUCUGCUCCGUCAUUGAUUGCUAAAAAAGGUCACCUGUAUUGUGUCACCCCCUUAUCUUUCUGAUCUUUGUUUGUCAUGUCGAUGGAAGGUCAGGUUACCUAACCUCUGUUUCACCUUGUUCUCGCUUUCUGUUCUUCGAAUGCCGUUCUGCAGGCGAGCUUAGGUGUUGAAAUUACUGCAUUUGGUGCUAUUGAAACUGAAACUCGAAGAAAUGCCAACAAAAGGAAGGUGCAAAAAGAAAGUCUUCGUUGUUUUAACGGAGGGUGCAAAGGUACGGACAAAAUUGGAGAACCCCACGUCAUACCAUUUAAAACAACAGCAGAAGAAACAGCUCAAAGAGUAUUACAACACCCAACAGAGGCUUAGCUUCCGUCCUGCCUUGCCACUGGACACGAGCAACCAAAGAACAUUCGAUCAGUUCAACUUCAACAAUGUUGCCUCCCCAGCUACGUCCGAUGUGGCAGAUUCUUCUGUCGCUAGCAAUGAGGUCGAUAGUUUGCUCGAAGAUUUCUUUGGUCAAGUGGACACAGUUAGUGAGGACUUAAAUAUGUUUGGAGAUGGACUUCCUUUUUCAACAACGUUGCCUACAAAUACAGGCCUUAUGGAUUUGUAUGCGCCUGAUCUGUGCGGAGAGCAAACCUACGAUAAGCAGACUGCUUUGCAAAUUUCAGCAUCAUGUCCAGCAAAGGUAAAGCGAGAAGCACCUACAAGUCCUUGCGAUAGUCAAAUCUUUGUUAAAGAUAGGCAGAAAAAGGACAAUCACAACAUGAUUGAAAGGAGGAGAAGAUAUAACAUAAAUGACAGGAUUCGAGAGCUAGGGACAUUGAUUCCAAAGAGUGACAGUGACUCCAAGCAGAAUAAAGGAACAAUUUUGAAGUCAUCUGUUGACUACAUAAAAAGAUUACUGAGGGAGAGAGAGCGCUUUAAGGGUGUUGAUUCGCAAAACAAAGCCCUUGAGGAGAAGAACAAGCAGCUUACCCUAAGAGUUCAGGAACUGGAAUUGAUACUCCGGGCUUCAAAUAUCCCAACGCAGCUGCCGUCCCCAACUUUGACAUCGAACUUGAGACUUAGCGCAGGUCUUAACCUGGCUAACCUUCUGUCGAGUGAUAAAAAUAGAUCAGGGGCCUCUUCCACGAUGGCUAGCCCAGUUCAGGCUUCAAAUAACAAUUUAGUGGAACGCAGUCCAGAGAGUGCAGACGAGGCUUCGCAAAUGAGCUCCAUACAUAGUGCAGCUAGUGAUGAUGAUUGUGUAAUUAUGGAGGAGGAAUAAAUGAUUGCGAGACUCAGCAAAAAUGGUGUUCUUGAUUGUAAUCGAAUUUAAGGAAUCUGAUUCAAGAUAGCGAAUUGGCAUUUGGGAUGAUUUCUUUUAAUUACACUAUGCAAUCUACUGCUUUGCGGAUUGAUGUCAAUUCAACGAUCAUGUUUGAGGACACAACCUCAUCAAAGCAAUUCUAGACCGAUGCACGUCGUAAAGCUGUAGUAAAAUGGGUAGAGACGCAGCUAGAUCAACCUGAGCUGUGAAAACCCUUCCGUUUCAGUGCUUUAUCCCGUAUAUUGCCCGCAGAUGCUUGCCCUCGUCGAUGCGAGCCAUCAAUCAAGAGCCUGUGGAGGGAAAAGAAGACGAACUAGAUGAUACUGAACUAGUGUCUAAAACUCCUUCAAAGCAGAACUCCUUUGUGCGGGGGGAAGCCUUCCUUUUAGCGAAAAUGUUUUUCUUAGAAAUCUGUCCGUUGCUGUGAAUCAGUGAAGAGAAGUUUUGCUUCUUAUGCGAAAAAAGCUGCUAAUUCGGCAGCAAGAGCCUUUCAAAACAUUGAACUUAGCUAAUAGCAAAAGUGAAUUCGUAACAAAGCAGUUCAUGGCAGAUAUAGUGCACUUUGCGUCAAGUCUCGUUUUCGAUACGAGGCGUUCGGAUUCUAGUUAACUAACGUCGUGAAAAUUUGCAGGGUAGUGAGAAUUAGAAUUAUCAAUUUUUCUUAAUAUGUGACCAGUUUUGUGCUUAUAUGGAAGGUAUUUUUUGAUAACGAAUAAUACUGUUGUGUUUUAACUAACAUUUUAUGCUCUUAUGCCUAGUGUGGCUUUUAUGUUUUUUUAGAUUAGUCUUCAUAGUUUGUUGAUUGCACGUGUCGUACAAUCUUACAGCACUGUUUUGUAAUGUCAAAGUAAUGGGUUGUUAAAUGUUUUGUCUAUAAUGUGUUUUACCCAUGUUUUGAACCUAAAUAUAUCUCCUUUUUGUGAUAUUUAGACAAUUCCAAGAGCUGUUGAAAUAUAUUAAGACAUUCGAAGCACUUAAAUGCAUUUUCCAAUCAAAGAGGGAGUUCGCUGUUUUUAAUGCGAAGGACAUUGCUAGAAUUUGCCCCUAAACGAUAUUUUUGUUGAAAUUCUAAAUCUCUCUCAGAAACAUUGAGACAGGGUGUCGCCAAAUUUCCUCCUUGCUUUCUUUGUCCAAAGCCUUAUAAGCGAAGUGGUUUAGCUUCUCUAUUAAGCAUUCCUCUUUCCUAGAUUAUAGCCUCUGGAUUAGAAGCAACAACAGCUGCUUUCUUGAACCAGUGUUUGCAAAUCAUUAAACGCUAAAACUGUUUGUUUUCUAGCUCCCAUUCCAGGAAAGCAGCUGCUUCAAGUCUUUAAGCUGCUGUUUUUUUGUUAAAUCGCCGCGAAGUCCUUUAAUCCGUAUUGAAAUAUUUUUCAGUGUGUUGAAUAAAACCCCAAAUGGUUCGAUUUAAAGCUCGUUGCUUUACAAUUUUGUUAGAAGGUUAGUGUAUAUAUUUGUAUUGUGACGUGUUUUUAUGGUUGAA